UUUCGGAUCGAGACCCUUCAUCUGGACUGGAAAGAAAGAGGGGAGAUAGCUGGUAUAAAGUGGUGGUGGGGGGGAAGGGGUACAUCAGGACAGGGUCUUGACCCAAAAUGCCUACCGUCCCUUCACCGCCCCCCCCCCCCCACACACAGAUGCUGCCUGACUUGCUGAGUUCCUCCAACAGUUUGCUCUUUGCUCCAGAUUCCAGCAUCUGCGGUUUCUUGUGAGCUCACACCUUCACACUCAGAGGGCGGUGAAUGUUUGGGAUCUUCUGAUCUGUGGUUGACUGGUUCAGUGGUUGACUGCAUUCAAUAGAGAGACGGAUAGAUUUCUGGACAUAAGAGAGGAGCGAGGGAAAUCGGGGAAAUGGGGCCCUGGGGCUGAAUUAGAAGGUGCUAGAGAAGUCCAGAUAAAGGGUCUCGGGCCGAAAUGUUGAUCGUCCACUUCUCUCCUGCCCGACCCGCUGAGUUCCUUCAGCAGUUUGCUUUUAUUUUUGUUCUAGGGACCGAAUUGUCUCUUUCUUGGUAUUGGUAUUGGACUUGCCUUUUUCUGCCCGUUUCCUCUGUUCAUUAAUGUUCCUGGGAUCUUGCUGCGCACCAGUUGGCCGGAGCUACCCCAGCCACUGCAACACUUGACGGGCUGGCCAAGUUCAGGGACGGACGGCAGCGCCGUGGACACGGAAUCAGUGCCAUAUCCAGAGCGAGGUGUGGUCUGUGCAGCUGCCCGGAGCCGUGUGAUUUGGCAGGGAGCUGCUGUCGGAUUCCUAGACCCCGGACUGAGUGUCCUUGUCAGCAGCCAGACCCGUGGAGGACAGAGCAACAGCAACAUGAAGCACCUUCUGACCCUGCACCGCCUGGCAUCACGACCCUUCUCAACCUCAGUCAGAAACCAGCUAAAAAACAAAGUCUUGGAGAAUCAGAAAAUCUUUCAGGCAGACAACAACCUUCCCGUUCACCUGAAGGGCGGUACAGUGGAUGUGGUGUUGUAUCGUAUCACCAUGGCCAUCACAGUUGGAGGUACCAUGUUCUCCCUGUAUCAUUUAUUCCACGCUGCAUUACCCAAACCGAAGGCAUGAGGGAGCUCACUUUAGGAUGCCCACUGCUGCUCCACUGAGAUGAAGAAAGCCAACAAUAUUACUCCGCGUAUGAUAGAUGAUCAGCGCUGAGUAGGAGACCGUUGUGUCUCUCGUGCUCCUGCAUUUGCAGUUGUUAUUAAAAUGUUUUGAGAAUAGCA